GUAUGUUAUGAUCCUGGCUAUCUUCAAGUGCAAGAACUCGAAGAAAGACAAUGCCGUUCAAUCGCAACUGAAAUGAAGGAACUUGGAAAGAGAAAUAGACAAAGGAAGAAGAAGAAUAAAGAAUGGGAGAUGCCGACGACGACGACGGCAAAGAAGAAGAAGAAGAAGAAGAGAAAGAAGAAGGCAUGGCCACAGGAGCAAGGCAACCGACUGCUGAAGAAAGGUCACAAUUUUUACCGCGAAGCUCUGAAGCUUUACACGCAGGCCAUUUCUCAGAAGAGCAGCAUUGACGCGAAUAGCUCGAUCUACUAUGCGAAUCGUGCGCAAGUCAAUCUUCUUCUUGGAAACAAUCGGAGAGCUUUUGAAGAUGCCGUACAGGCAGUGAAACACAAUCCAGAAAAUGUCAAGGCAUAUUUCCGUGGAGCAAAGGCGGCGCUGGCACUCGAUGUCCUGGAUGGAGCUGCAGACUGCUGUGCAAAGGGCUUGUCCAAAGACCAGAACAAUGUGGAAUUGCAGAAACUGCAGGUUACAAUUAGUGAGAAACGGGCUAAGAAAGAGCUUGAGGCAAGAAAAGAAGCAGCGUCCAGAGCUGCAGCUGAGAGAAUAGUUAAUGCCUUGUCGAAGAGGAAAGUGAAGAUUGGACCAGAGGCCUUUCGCGAAUGGACUGGCGGCAAACGGCCAUGGCUUGACAGUGAUGAGAUUUUGCAUUUUCCAGUUGUGCUGCUGUAUGGCGAAGUGAUGACCGCAGACCUCAUAGAAGACUUCAGCGAAACAGACCGGUUUUCAGCUCAUCUGAAUCAAAUGUUUGGUGAGGAGGCUCCGCCACUGGAAUGGGACGUAAGGGGAGAGUACACACGGAGGCGAAUUGAACUGUACUUCCAGACAAACGCCUAUCGUACUUUAUCAAGACCCGAGCUGGUGGCGUCAUUCAUGGAAGGGCAAGAAGGCACUGCCAGAGGAGGUUCUGCCGGCGCUAAGGAAGAAGAGUCUGAGGAGAGACUGGACCUGCUCGAGAAGCGAUGGGUGAAAGUAGACGAGAAGGCGACUCUGGCAACCGUACUCUCGAAAACCGGUCAUGUCAUCCCAGGCGAAUGCGGCAAGGAAAGGUUUUGCGACGGAAUUGUUGCUGAGACCCCACAUGCCCCGGAAGUGGUCGUGGACAGGUGCUGUGUUUCCCGUGGAAGUGUUCCGUGGGGCCCCACACGCUGCGCUUUGUGGCCUGGAGAAGGAUAGAAUUCCGUAUCCACAUGGUCAGCGGCGUGGAAAAGAUCCGCGGGAGGGAUUUCCGCCGCCAUAUUGUGCUGACUCUC